GAGGCAUCGUCACUUAAUCACAUUCUAAUUGCUUUCCCACUGGCUAAUUGUAGCCACAUCCUUGACGAUUACGUGGUUGAUUGAAAUUGAUAAAUAGCCAGCGAUUGCGAUCUCCACGCUCAAUUAGCUUUCAAUCGAGUAACGUGCAGGACACGGUAGCAAAUUGAAAGGAAUUAAUUAAAAAGUGCAUCAGAAGUUGACGAGGAAGAUGGGUGUGGAUAACUUUAGGAGGCUCUUUGCGGGAAAGUUCGGAGAAUCACUGGGGAAUUUGGAAACGAAAGAAAAGAGGCCCUACCACCCAUUUCUCUAUGUCGAAGUUCUGCGUGCCUUUUGCACAUUCGUCAAUGGCAAUGAAGCCCUUGCCCCUCUCACAGUGAUCGGAGUCAGGCGAGGGGGACUACCAACACACGAAGGAAUCUACGAUGAUGAUAUUAUUGUGAAGGUUAACGAUAUUCCAGUGAAGGGCAUGAAACUGAGAGAGGUCCAGAUGAUGGUGCGGAAAUCUGGGCGAUUUGUUAAAGUCCUCGUGAAAGACUCAAAUGACGAUGCCCUCAGUGAACAGUUAAGAAACCAAAACAGAAGAAAAGCAGCCUGCGAUUGGGAGAGUGUGUUUCCAUGGAAUGAUGUCGAAAAGCCCAUUUAUCACGAAUCAAACUGCUACAUGGUCCCCAGUCAAGCUAUAGAGCGAAUGAUGAGAGCCCACGAGCUGGCAAUGGUGAUUGAGGAACAACGACAAGAGGCAGAACUCAGGCGAAUUGCAGAAAUAAUGCGACAAACGGAAAAGGAAAAACAGGAUGCUGAAGCAGCGGCAGAAGACACCAUCAUAGAAUCACCACCUCCUGAAAUUAUAAGACUAGAUGAAGUUUUCGAAACGAUAUUCUACCUGCAAAAACGCGAACCCUGCUCCUGCGAACAUGUUACCUAUCUCGUCUAUAAAAUCCAACUACCCGAAGGAAGUGAAGAUAUUAGUGAAAAACUCAUCAAAAAACACGUACAAUUCGCAGAAUAAUUUUCUUUUUUUAAUUUACAAAAAAUUUCCUCAAUAAAAAUAAGGCCAUUUUCUUAAA